AUGGAGCCAGUCAAGAGGUCCAGUGACGACAGCCUCGUCGUCCCCGGGACGCCAGAAAACAAGCUUCCCAGGGGACCCAACCCUAAGGACAGUCCCCCGAACCCGUCCCUCAUGAAAGCCUUGGAGGCGGUUUUAAUUGCUGGCCGGCGUGGCUUGCUUGGACCAGAAGCCAUGGCGGCAGCGGGAGGCACCCCGGAAUUGAAUCCGGGAGGCAGCAACGGAGUGGCCCCUCCGGCAGUAGACCCUCCGGGAGGCCUGAAUCCUAUUCCCCGCUUGGCAGGAGGGGGGAAGAAGAAGAAGGCUGUCAAUGAGAUGCGUACGUCUGUGAUAACUGCCGUGCAACAGGUGAUGGGUAAGUCAAACAAGGCGCCCUCCAAUAUGGUAGGGCCGCAACUCCAAGCGAGAUGCUCCGAAACACAAACCUGCAGGGAUUGCCAUUUCCAUGCCACUGUAUCUUGUCCCACACCUGUUUGGAAAAAAUGGCAGCAAGUGAGUGAGGAUGGAAAAGCUUCCAAACCACAGCUGCCUAGUGUGGCAUGACUAUGGUAAUUGUGCCAACUAUAUAUCUAGCUGCAACUUACUGAGAUCAAGGGUAGAUUUUUCUUUAUUUAGCAGGAAACAGAAAGUUUUGUCUCUGUGUCCCAUGGCCUUUGACAAGGCCAGAAAGGAUAGAAUUAAUUGUGGAAUAUUAGAAAAUGCAGAAAACACAUGUUGUGGUAUAAAUUGAUUGUGCACCCCACACCAUAAACUUCUGAAUUAAUAAUGCAGAUUUUUAGUGACUGCGUUAAAGUGGGCAAGUGGAACAAUGUAAGGCAAUGGAAUACCCAUUAUGAAACCAGAAAGUAGUAAAUAAAGAGUUGAAAAAGAAUAUGGGCACAAAUGCAAUGGUAUAUAAAAUCCUGAAAUAUUUAGAAAAAGCAAUUGCUGAAUCAGUAUAGGUACCAUGCUAUAUGUGAUAAGCUUUAACGUUAUUGUGUCAUACAGCAAGUCAGACAAUGCAUGAUCAGAAGGUCCUUAUACUUCCGAACAAUAGAUGUAAGUACUGUAGAAGAAGACGAUCUUUAUUGUCUUGUGCUUCUGGCCUCUCUUUGUCUAGCAUUUGGUUCUGCCUAUAGCUGAUCCAAAGAUACUGUAUGAACAAAGCAAUCAUAUGUUUGCCUUACACUGAGACCAACAAUAUGUUGCUGCUUUGCCAGAAAAAAAGGCUGCCAUAUCCAGUGCAUACUCAGACUGGGAAUGGGGAAACACACUACUUGGAAAAUACACAAAAAGGGAAACAAUGCCACUGUCCAUCAAUCUGGUGCUAUGCUGAACAUGCUGCGUAUAAUGCAGACAUGAAGGGAGCGAGUAAGCCACGCUGGCGGCAUUUUGGCCAUGCCAUUGUGCCCCUAACAUGUACGAAGUGCAGACAACUGGGCAGCAGUCACAUUCAAGGGGCCCUUCUGGUGCUGUCUGCUAAAGUGAUAGCAAACAUACUUAGGUGAUUACUGGCUCGAAGGCAAAACAUUUUACCCCUCUAGCAAACCCCAAAGGAAGAAAAGCAUAGAAUCACGUGGUAGCAACAAACAAGAAAAUGCAAUAGUGCUGUCUCCAAGCAAGCGUGAACAAACUCAGGAGGUUGCUGACUCAAAUCCAUACCAGCCAUUGUUCCUUGAUCAAGUACACUUGUGGAAAUACUUGAGUGAAUGUAUACAUGUUUCCAGGGGUAGUGGUCCAAAUACUAUCAAGUGAAAAAUACAUUGUAGCUCACAUAAAAUAUUGCCUGGGAACAACUGGGACAGUAUGCUCUCAAGGUCGCACUGAUCGCUGGGAAGGAUCCAGCAGUGCACCAGGAGCAGGAUUCAUACAGCAUCAAAAUCCAGGUAUGCAUCACCAGAGACUUCUCCAGGACUGAGGGUAAGCAUGUAGCAGAGGCAGGUGCCCUCGGAUAUCAAGUUGCUGGACCAAAGAAAGUGGGGAGAUUGCCUACCUGCCUGGGGGCAUAUCAACAGCAAGAAGAUAGUAGUCCUUUCACCCUGAAACCAGCUCUGCUAGGGACAGGGAGCACCCUGCAGACAUGCCCACCAUGUUGCUGGAUAAGUCUUGCAAAAACGGUAGCCUAAAGUUUUGUACUGUGAGCAGUGCUCAUAACACUGUGGGCAUGCCUUAAAGAUGGGAACAGUCACUGUGACCAGCAUAAGAGAGGCUCAUCACUCAUAAGACCGCCACCUUUCCUAGUUGGCCAUUAAUAAAUUCAGCUGGAAAUUAAAGGUUUUUCAACUACAGAAAUUUCGAAUGCUGCAUUUGGGUGCCCAGAAUUUCUGUGGCACCAAAGAAUCGCAUUGGCUCCAAGAAAUUUCUGAAGUAUAUAUUUUUAUUUUGGAUCUCCAUAUGUGGUUCAUGUGCGUUGCUAUAGCUUAUCCAGCAAAAAACUGGACAGCCUGCUGCAGACAUAUGUUUCCAGAAAUGUUCUGUGUGCAUGCAUAGGUGCUAUGCACAUAAUUCCUUCCCUCAGCUACCCCAGGUCAAAUAAUCAAUGAUAGCACUGGGAGCAGAGAGCUAGAUUUGGUCUCCCUUAUUAAUGCCACAAUUGGUGAAGGUGUGACUGUGGCAACAUUAGACUGGAAGCAGUGACUUUUAGUUAUCAAAUCCACUUUACUUUUAAGCCCAAUAUAUGUCUCAUCUCCUUUGCUUAAACACCUGGAUCUAUUUGUACAUCAUGCACAUUUCUGAGUUCCACUUAGUUACUGGUAGGGCACUCUGCUCUGGAUUGCACGGGCUAAUAAUCUGUGGGAAGCUGGGGGGUGGGUGACCAGCUUCAUAGUAGAGUAUUAUACUUGUUCAUCUUCUCUUCCAGCGGUAUGAUUCUGUGUUCUUGACACAAAACAAGGUUCAGAUAAUUUUUUCUACCCUAGUUUUUCAAGUUAUGUGUGACUUUGUUAAGAUGUAGUUUUGUUUUGUGGGUUUUUAAAACCUUGUUUGUUUCCAUAUAUUGUUUAUAUUUAUCUUAAGUAUUAAUCCAUCUAAUAAAAAGAAACCAGCUAAUUACAGUCAGAUGUUCUUUUUGGAAGUGUUCUUUUUCCUCUCUGGUGCUUUUGUUCAAAACUUCUAUGGAACUGAGUUACAGGUGGUAGGUAUAAUUCACAUUCCACAGAUGUCAAAGCGUAAUGAUUGCGACUUGUGCCCCUUAUUUUUCUCUGUGUGCGGAUUUUGAAGCUAAUGGAGCCAAAAAGAAUCUACUGCAUUAUGUCACUGCAGUUUUGAUACUUUAAAAAAACUCUCAAGCCAGGUUCUUAGCACCACCUGCCAUUCAAAUGGCCUUCUCCGUGCUCUUGACUAUUUUCACCACUCACUGAAUUUUGCUAUCUUCCUACUCUUACUGCUCUGGUUGAUUACCGUAUUUUUCGCUCGAUAACACGCACCUGACCAUAACACGCACAUAGUUUUUAGAGGAGGAAAACAAGAAAAAAAAUUCUGAAUGAAACAGUGGAUGUAUCAUUUUUGUGCUUCAUGCUGUGGCCACAGACAUGUGAUUUGACGGUGAGUUUGGGGUAGCCCAAUGCAAAAAUCCUGAGAAUCCAUGUGGAUCUGUGCUUUGUAACCACGUUUUUGUACCAUUGCAGCCCCAGGCAACAGUGGGUGCGUGAUUUUUUUGGUGCAGGCUGUAGCCAUGGACAUGCUAUGUGAUCUGAAGGUGAAUUUGGGGUGACCCAAUGCAAAGAUCCUGAGGAUCCAUGUGGAUCCAUGCUUUGUAACCACGUUUUUGCACCAUUGCAGCCCUGUUUUUGCAUCAGAUCAUUGCUAUGUGAUCUGAUGGUGAAUUUGGGGUGACCCAAUGCAAAGAUCCUGAGGAUCCAUGUGGAUCCGUGCUUUGUAACCACAUUUUAAGUGGGGAGGGAAGGAAAAACAUAGAAGGGACAAGGAGCACCGAGAGGGGUGUGCGGAGAAGCAGCUGGCUAAGAAUGCAGGAGAGGGGCUUUACCGGAGGGAGGAAAGGAAGGCAAAAGUUCCCCCACCCACCCAAGCCAGCCAGCCAGCUCUCUCUCUCUCUCUCCCUCUCUCCCCCACCUGCAUGUUGCCUGUGAGUCCCUAGAUGCAGCAGCAGCAGCACCGGAGCACGGAGAGGAAUUAGAAGGAAGGAUGCUCUGCUUUCCCCUCUGCUUGCCUGGAGGGGAGGGGUUUUCUCUGCUCUUUGUUCUGUUUGAGGAAACACAGUAACGAAACAGAAUAGGGUGGGCAGUAAGACCCUGAGGCAGAAUGCAGGAAAGCAACAGCUUUCUCUCUCGGGAGGCUCGACCGCACGUGUGGCUGCCUGCAAUCAGUUUCCCACACCGAGAAUGAAGAUAAACUGGUAAAAUAAGGGGGCUGGGUUAAAGCUAAAGGGAAAACUUCAAAGAUCCCUCAAGAACGAGGCAGGGGUUCAGGGCUCCCAAAGCCAAGCUGCAGCCUUAGAAGGGAAAAAUGGGGCUUUCGGAGGUGGUUUUUACUGCCCCGCUGCUUCCAAUUUUUUAAAAGGCAAAUUGCAGGAGAAGAUGCAGCAGUCAGUCACUCUCUCACUCCCUCCAAGCACCCACGCUAGCGAACAAACACACAGGCAACCACACACUCACAAAGCACACACAUUAGCAAACACACAGUCGCGCUGCAGAGUGGCCAAACCUCCUAGCAAGCACUUCCCUGGCUUCUGCUGACCGCAACGAAGACGACCCUCGAAGAAAAUGUGUGAUGCACUCGGGCCAGUCGGCUCCAGGGACCACACAUUCGCUCAAUAACACGCAUAGACAUUUCCCCUUACUUUUUAGGAGAAAAAAUCUGCGUGUUAUAGAGGGAAAAAUACGGUAUAUCCUUCUCCUUCAUUCUAAAUGACACUAGUCUCAUCACAGAGGUAAGUAGACUAAUCUUGCUGGUUCCCCUCUUACCUAAUAAAACUCUUUGUAUUAAUCGUACGGAAAAAUGCAGUAGGUCACCUGUAGUUGUCAAUAUCUGCAGUAUUUGUUUGCUGAUGGAGGAGAGGCAGGUUUGAGUGCAGGGUUUGACUCUUUAAAAAAAUAAAGAGAGAGGUGCAUCUUUUCUGUUUGCCUGAAUUUUGGUUCAUACAGAUAUGUUUGUGAAAACAGCAGUGGCAAGAUCUGUUAAAACUGCACAGAGUUCACUGAACUGGGCAAACAGAAUACUGUACAGAUGCACUAUCUCUUUCUCCUUUCUCUGCCAUUUAUAUAUGUAAAAUGUUUAACAACACAAAAGUAAGCAUAUUAACUCCAAAGUCAGUUCCAUAUGCCCAGUCGCCAUUACUCCUUACCAUGUAUGCUAAGGAUUGCAGCAUAAGAUUACCAUGUUUUGGCCAUGCUAAAAUUCUGGGGUGGCAAGAAGAUGAGGCAUGCCAAAUUGCCUCUACUUGCUGGUUUCUGCUGUGGCCUUUCCUCAUGGGGGAAAUUGCCCCAGAAUACUUAUUCCUGUGAAAGCAGCUUAAUGGCCUUUCUUGGAAAGGAGAGAAAUUGGAGAAAAAACAAUUUAUUGCACCUUCUUCAAUUCAGGUCAAAUUGAGCUGCAUUUGCUACAGCUAGGUACACUAUAGCCUCAGGUUGAUAAGUGGGUGAGUUCAGAUGUCAGGAUCACUCGGCUCCUGUUGUCUUCCCUGCCUGCGUAUCAUCUGGGCUGCUGCUCAUAGUGGAAGGAAUAGUGGUGCUGAGACUGGUUCUGCAGCCAGCUCUUUUCAUGACCCGUGGCAGUGAUAGUCCUGUCACUUGUUCCUGAAAACCAGUGCUUACAGCUGAAGGAGGGGAUAUCCUUUUUUGUGUGUUUCCUUGUGUGCUGAGCUCAGCUGCACUGUUCACCCUACCCCAUCCUUGAUCCUCUUAGUGGGUUUUCCUCAGUCAGUUGUCUUAACAGGUUUCUGCGAAUGUUUUAAUUCUGCUGCAUAUUAGUGGACUUCUGUCUUCUGAAAAGUGCAGCUAGCUUGGUCUCUUGAUUUUGGUCUUGAGAGAAUGCUGAUCAAAUUUUCUAGCAUAUUAACAUUUUUAUAGAUUUUAAAUUUCAGCCUUUAACCUUUUAGUACUAGAACUUUCAGGAUGGAGGAACAGUAAGCUAGUGCAGGGGUCAGUUUGAAGGAGUUGAACUAAUGUGGCAUUUUACUUUUAGGUGCUGGAAGACAGCAACCUCCCCCAAAGGAAAUCUGGAUAUGUGGCAAUUCUGUGAUCUUGGCAUCAAAGAAGAGAGCUAAAAGUCUACCACAUGGAUUGCAGUUGGGCAUCUCUGUUUCAAGGGCAUAUGUGUAUUGGCAUGGGAUACAGGCAAUGAAGUGGGAACAGCUCAUGCCUCUUCUGCAUGAAAUUUAUCAUCUCCGUUCUUCUCCAUCCCUUAUAAUAAUUCAUAUUGGAGAAGAUGAUCUACUUCCCAAUGAUAACUUGUCUCUCAUUAUAUCCAUGAAAAAUGACUUGGGCAUUCUUAAAAGAGCAUUCCCAAAUGCUACUAUAGUUUGGUCUUCACUGUUGCCAAGACGUGCUUGCAAGAUGGACCAAAAUCCUGAACAGAUGGCAAAAGCUCAAAAGCAUGUUAACAAGAAAAUGGUAGACUUUUGUAAUGAAAUUGGUGUACACUUUCUGUCGCAUAACUUGAUUACGUCUGAUAAAGCAAACCUGUUCUUGCCUGAUGUCAAUGAUCUAUCUGAUGCAGGAGCUGAUUUAUUCUUGGCAGACCUGAAGAAAGUCCUGCGGUUCUAUCAGGUUUUGGGAUAG